AUGGCAAUCAUCGAGUUGGCGAAGAUCAACCUCAAGGGCGGCAUUACCGCAUCGGACCCUCUUCUGAUGAUGAACACGAAAGAAGUCAAGAGGGUGAUUGAAGAGUACAGCAAAUUGCAAACUCUAUUCUACACACAAAUUGACGACCCAACCGUCAUGUUCGUCAUUGGAGCAUGGGAGAGCAAAGACCAACAUCAACACGGAUUUGAAGGAUCACCUCAACAAGAUGAGAUUUACGGUCUGAUCAAGGGCCAAAUGGAGAUCGAAUGGAUGCACUACAUGGAUAUAGAACAAAGUCGAAUUCCCAUCAACGCCCCAGUCCUGGCGAUGAUCAAGGAGACUCUUCCCUCGGAUAUCCAGAAGACGGCAUUCGACCAUGAGUUCGUGACACGGACACAGCGCUUGGGCGGAGCCCAUUAUGGCGCCGUGUCCGCGUGGAACCUCCUGAAGGAUGACACGGAAGCGACGGUACGAGUGAAUUUUUCGGGCUGGGAAUCCAUCAAAGACGCGACCGAGGGAAUCGUCAAUACCGUGGAAGAUGUCAAGAAGUUCCGAACGCGACCGAGUGAAUUGAACUUCUUCUUUGUGGAGCGGACGAGGCUGGAUUGUUAG